ACCCAGCGUGAAUACACUUCCGCUAUUAAACAACGAAGAAACGUCAACAGGAGCUCCUGUUACAGAAAAGGAAGUAAAAGAAUCACAUGAAAACUGACCGAAUUUCAACAAGGACAUAAAGACGUUGUUUUCUCCCGAGGCAGUCAUCUGUCAAUUCUGAAAUGGAUUUUCUAUUUGGAAAGCGAAAGACCCCAGAGGAACUGCUGAAGCAGAACCAGAGGGCUCUGACUCGGGCUAUGAGAGAUCUGGACAGAGAGAGGCAGAAGCUGGAACAACAGGAGAAGAAAAUCAUCGCGGACAUAAAGAAAAUGGCUAAACAGGGACAGAUGGAUGCAGUGAAGAUAAUGGCCAAGGAUCUUGUUCGCACCAGGCGUUACGUCAAGAAGUUCAUCAUGAUGAGGGCGAACAUUCAGGCCGUCAGUCUGAAAAUUCAGACUCUCAAGUCCAACAACAGUAUGGCGCAAGCGAUGAAGGGCGUGACCAAAGCUAUGGCAACCAUGAACCGACAGCUGAAGCUUCCGCAGAUUCAGAAAAUCAUGAUGGAAUUUGAGCGACAGAGCGAAAUCAUGGAGAUGAAAGAGGAGAUGAUGAACGACGCGAUCGAUGACGCCAUGGGAGACGAAGACGACGAGGAAGAAACCGACGCAGUUGUCUCGCAGGUAUUGGAUGAACUCGGUUUGAAUCUGUCCGAUGAACUAUCAGGCCUACCUUCUACUGGGGGUAGUCUCUCCGUUGCUGCUGGAAAGAAGGCCGAACCACAAGCAGCGAUGGCAGACGCAGAUGCUGACCUGGAAGCGAGACUUAAUAACCUCAGAAGGGACUGAGAAAGAUUGAAGUGUGGGCAGGUAUUACUGGUUUUACGAGGGCUGUUUCCAGUGUACGAAAGGAAAUUUGUUGGGGAAGUAUCUAUACUGGCAUAUAUUCCAGUAUACAGCUUUAAUAAAGAAACCGUAAUUAUAUUGUUCAAACAACUAAGGGUAUUUUCAAUGAAGUUCUUACGUUCUGUUCUUUGUGUUGAAAAACUGACAAUUUAAAGCCUUUUGUGACCUUAUCUGAAUGGUAUUCCUCCAUAAAUUCUCCAGAACACCAAAACAUUUUAGAUUGUGAUUAAAAAAUAAUAAUAAUCAUUUUAUGCAAUUGUAUAAAUUACAUUUGAUUAAAAUUUGGUUCUGUCUGAAAACACUUUUUGCUUCAAGAUGUAAAGCUUAAAAGUAUUCAGAUCCUGUAACACAACCUUGUUUUGUAUGAGGGCAAUGAGCAUUGUAAUGUCCUCAAAAAACAUUUACAAAGGUGUGGGGAAACAAGUUUAAAUAUUAAGACUUCAGAAAAAAUGUAAGUAAAUGUAUGGAGAAACAACAGCGAUUACUUUUCAAUAUUAAAAACAAUCUGUAGAUUUUGUGAACGAUUUCAGACUCGGAAAUGAUCAGUUUAGAGAAAGGCUAUAUGCAUAUUUAUGGUACACUAAGGUGUUAGCUAGGUGUAUGCCCAAUGGGAUAUUCUCAUCAUUCAUGAUUUUUCCCAAAUUGUUUAAUAGUGAUGGGAGGGCAUUAUCUUUUCUGGGUUUAUAUCAAAACAUCUUUACUGUUUUGGCUUUGUUCUUUGCUCAAUAAACUUUUUCAUGCAUUAAACAAAAAAA